AAAUCGUGGAAAGCAAGAAUACAAAACAAUGGAAAAUUUAAAACAGUGCAAAGUUUUACAAAAGUGGAAGCAUAACUUGAAUAUUUUGGCGGGAAAGAAUUGCGGGAAAAUCGUUGUUUUAAAUCCUCUUCAAGAUGGCGGAACAAAAUUUUGAAAAUCUUUUAUCACGUAGUGGACGACAAGUGUUCUUGGGCGACUUGGAAAGACGUCGGCCAACGAAGCGUAUGACAACUGUAAGGUCAUUUGCUGUGGUAAGAAACUGGGCGAGUCAUCCAAAUGGAGAGAAAUCAGACGAACCGGCCAGUCCAUCCAGUCAAAAAGACAAUACCCAAUCACCCGAACUGUCCCACCAACCACUGGGGUUUCAAGAUGUCCAACCAAUGUCUGAUGAUGACAAUGCUGAUAUCCGCAUACCUUCUAUUCCUGAUGACGAUGAUGAUGGCAAUGUUGACCUUUCACCUCUUGUUGCUUCGAACAAAAAGGAAUUGGAUGGCGAAUCUUCGUCAGAUAUAACCCAGAACGCUUCAGUGGCACAAGAUGACGUAUCAUCAAUGGCAGUCGAUGAAAGUCCUACGAAAGAUGAAUUACCACAAAGUUUCGGCGUAGAGGGUAGUUUACCUGGUGGUGAAGAAACUGUUUCGAAAAUUGUCGUUCAAAGCAAUUGGGAAACGCCAUUAUUGAAUACAGGAAAAGAACAAGAUUUUGAUGAAGAAGAUGAAAACGAUGAUAAUCCUUUUGCUGGUGAUGAUGUUGACAUAUAUGAAGAGAAGAAAUCGCCUGAGAAUGAGCAGUCUCCAUCGUCAAGCAUUGGUUUGAAAUCUGGGCAACAGAGUCUCCAGUCUCGUCCAACAGCAAAGAAAAGAGUCGUCUUGGACAUUAAAACGAGAAAAAAUAAGCAGCCUCGGUUUGAUGAAGAGGAAUAUGAAGCGCAAAACUUCGUUCGUCUAUACAAUGCCGAUAGGGGAAGAAAAGGCGGUUCUAAAGAAGUCACUGAUCUAGAUAUCGUAUUGACUAACGUUGAAGAAAUUGCUUUGGAUAUGAGGCGCCAAGCAAAUUCACCAUUAACCAAAAAGGUCGUAAGGGAAGCGUUCAUCCAACUUCGACAAAUAUUCAGUGAUACGGCAAGUGCCUACAGACGCCUUUUUUGUCAUGUUUCGUAUAUAUAA